AUGAUGGCAGAAACUAGGCAGAGGAAGAGGGAGGUGUUUGCGACCAAGAAUGAAUUGUCAGUAGCAUUGGCUAAGUACACUGCUAAUCUCUCGGCCAAAUUCUGCAAGGAGAAAGGAAUUUUCACCGUUGUUCUCUCCGGCUGUGGCCUCAUCUCUUGGCUCGGCAAGAUGUUGGAAUCACCAUACAAAGAUUCAGUCGAAUGGUCAAAGUGGUACGUCUUUUGGGUGGACGAAAGGGUCUGUUCACAUGAAGAUCAAAACAGCAACUACAAACUCGCCAUGGAUGGUUUUAUCUCCAAGGUUGGGAUUCCGAAGGAUAACAUCUACGCAAUCGACAAACAAUGUGCCGCUGAUGGUGACGCGGAACGUUGUGCGACGCUCUACGAGGAGUGCUUGAGGAAACUGGUGAAGGAAAAAACACUGCCACUAUGUCCAAAUGGCCAAUAUCCUCAGUUCGAUCUCCAGCUUCAAGGGAUGGGUCCUGAUGGCCACAUGGCGUCUCUCUUCCCGAACCGUCCUCAGAUCAAUGUGACGGACAAAUGGGUCACUUACAUUACCGACUCUCCAAAACCGCCACCAAAGAGAAUUACAUUCACUUUACCGGUCAUCAACUCGUCUUUGUACAAUCUUGUGGCCGUUUGCGACGACAACACAGACCAAUGUGCACGUUCCAUCGCUGAUAUCUUUAAGAACAACAAUCUCGACUUACCUGCUGCUCAUCUUACUGCUCAAGUCGAAGAAAUGUGGUACCUUGACAAAGCAGCCGCUUCAUUGCUUUAG